CCACCAUUGUUAACAACAGACGAACUCGUGCAACUUUUAGGGUUUUUCUCUCUCUCUCCUCGCAAUCUUCUAUUCCAGGAACGAGAGAUACCGAGGAUUGAGGGAUGUACUCCCCUCUUUCUUCUAUUCGCCAUGCUCGUCGAUCUUUGUCUCUAAUCUCUUUCCUCGCUCGCGAUCAUGGCGAUCUCACUGCUGCUUCGAGGUCUUUCUCUGCUUUUCCGGCGACAUAUGGUCCUCAACAGAUUUCACAAGACGGUUCUAAAUCUUUGGCUAACAUUGUUAGGAGAAAUAUUUCACACCAUGUUGGGGGACUUUCUGCAAGAAGCUUAGCAUUAAGUUCCGGUAUUAUGCUUUUCAGGGGGAACGCCACUGCUCCAUAUGCUUUGCGUUUCCUUUCAUCCAUAGGUUCUAAUGCUCAGAAUGAUUUUCUGAGCGGCUUAAGGAAUCCCAUGAAUUUCGUAAGGGAUAUUAUUGAGGUAGAGGAUAGGAACACCACAGGACAUCCUGGUUAUACCACUGGGAAAAGUGCUGAUUUUGUCCACAUAAAGCUGAUGCGUAACAAUAGUUUUGUUACUGUGACGGAUUCAAAGGGGAACAAAAAGUUUGGGGCUUCGUUGGGAUCAGUUCCGGGAUUGAAAGGAUGAAAAAUGACUCGAUAUUCUGGUGAAGCUGUUGCAGAACAUGUUGGAAGAAUGUCUAGAAAUCUGGGGUUAAAGUCAGUAGUGGUGAAGGUUAAAGGGUUUACGUUCUUUAAAAAGAAGAAGCAGGCAAUCUUAAGCUGGAGAGAGGGCUAUACCAAUUCUCGGACGGAUCAGAAUCCAAUUGUAUACAUUGAAGAUACAACCCGAAAACCCCAUAAUGGCUGCAGACUCCCAAAAAGACGUUGUUCUUAGUAGAGCUGGAUGGUAACUCAUAUGUGUUCCUGUAGAGUACAAGCUUUGUGGUGAUAUAAAUUUGUGCUAAAGGACUACUUUGAUUGAUUUACAUUGUAAGGUUACAUUUAGUGCUAGUCAUUUUGACGGAUACCUCAGGCUGUUUGGACUCGCUUGAUUUUUAAUUAAUUCAUGCAGUGGAUGGGAAAAUGAUUUAUUUCAAUGUUCUCUGGUGUUUUAGCUCGAGUUUGUUUGUGAAAUCCUGGCGGUUUAUAAUUUGUGCCUUCUGGAAUUGGAUUGUAAUAUUUAUAGCUUUUAUGGCUUUAAUUGGGAUCCAUUUUUCAUUUGGUUCA